AUGCAGCUGGGAAAGCAGCACAGCUUAGUGAUCGAAAGCCUCUUCUGCCAAAGAGGAGUUGUUCUAAGGUUGGUGGCCUUGGCAGCGCUCUCCUGGGUGAGGUGGAGAAGGGAAGGAAAAGUCUGGUUGUCAUCUGCAAUGGCCAGAGAGCCCAGGAAAGAGCUAUGGCCCAAAGACUAUAGGGUCAUCUGUUUCCCCCCGAUAGUCUUGUUCCUUUCAGGUGGAGGAGGACCCAGGACAAUGGCUGCUGCUCAUGAUUUGGAGAUAGAGGAGGAUGUGACUCUGAAUAUGGAUAGAGAGAUGAAAGAAGAGCUGGAAGAGGAGAAAAUGAGAGAGGGCAGGGCAGAUAAAGACCCCUUCAAGCCUAGAAAGGUCCACAGGAUUGUCUCAAAAUGGAUGCUUCCUGAACCGGUGCGAAGAACAUACCUGGAAAGAGCUAACUGCCUCCCGCCCCCCGUGUUCAUCAUCUGCGUCAGCAUCGCCGAGCUGGCGGUAUUUAUUUACUAUGCUGUAUGGAAGCCUCAGAAACAGUGGAUCACCUUGGACACAGGCAUCUUGGAAAGUCCCUUUAUCUACCGUCCUGAGAAGCGGGAGGAAGCCUGGAGAUUUAUCUCGUACAUGCUGGUUCAUGCUGGAGUUCAGCACAUCCUGGGGAAUCUUAUUAUGCAGCUCAGUCUGGGCAUCCCCUUGGAAAUGGUCCACAAAGGCCUCCGAGUGGGGCUGGUGUACCUGGCAGGAGUGAUAGCAGGAUCUCUUGCCAGCUCCAUCUUUGACCCACUCAAAUCUCUUGUGGGUGCUUCAGGAGGAGUCUAUGCUCUGAUGGGAGGCUAUUUUAUGAAUGUUCUAGUGAAUUUUCAAGAAAUGAUUCCUGCUUUUGGAGUUGUCAGACUACUCAUCAUUGUUGUUAUAAUUGUGUCGGACAUGGGAUUUGCUCUCUACAGACGGUUCUUUGUUCCUGCAAAUGGGUCUCCGGUGUCUUUUGCAGCUCACAUUGCGGGUGGAUUUGCUGGAAUGUCUAUUGGUUAUACCGUGUUCAGCUGCUUUGAUCAGGCACUGCUGAAAGAUCCAAGGUUUUGGACAGCGAUUGCAGCUUAUUUAGCUUUUGUUUUAUUUGCUGUGUUUUUCAACAUUUUCCUAUCCCCAGCGAACUGA